CCAAAAGUCUGUGCAUAAAUCAAGCAGACAGAGUGAGUUAUUCAACGAGCAACAAAUAAGCUAAAAUAUGAACUGGAAAUUUCUUAUUUGCUGCCUGCUCGGCCAGUCUUUCGUUAUAGCGAUCGAGGCCAACUGUCUGCGGAGCACAGGCCACAUGUGGCAGCUGAAGCCUCCCACCGGCACAACCAGCUGCAAUCGACCGUCAUUACUGCCCAGCAAUGCAACAGCAAACUCUGCAGUCGACAUUGCAGCAGCUAAAGGGGGAACAGCAGAACCGGAGGUUGGGGGAACCCUGGCCUCCCCCCCAGUGGUGAUUCUGGCCAACUAUGUCUACGAAUGCGCCAGUCGCCGGACUUCGAACAGUUGCAGCAAGCAGCCGGAGCCGGAAUCGGAAUCGAAGCCGGAAUUCAAAUCCGGACUGGAAAAGCCGGAGGUGCCUAAGCCCCGGACAACUGGGUGAGAUGGGCUUUGCAUGCGAUUAAUCCAGCUGAGGCGGAGGGUGAUGGAAGCCCUCCAUAUAUAUACAUUUGCAUAUAUUUCAUAAGGCAAUAAAUAAAGUUAGCCAAGCCAA